AUGAAUCACGUUAACUUUUCAAACAAAAGUGUAAUUAAAUUAAUUCUCCAAUUCUUGUUGGAAAACGGUUUAUUAGAAAGCUAUUUUACUUUAUCAAAUGAAAGUGGAGUUAGUCUAAACUGGGUUGAAAGUCUUAACAAAAUUGAGACAAUAGUUAGUAAGGGGUUAUGGGAUGAGCUAAUCGAAAUAUUGAAAUACAUCCAGAUUCCGGCAAAAUUACAAGCAAUUCUUUUUGAACACAUAGCCUUGGAGUUAUUGGAAUUAAAAGAGCCAUUUGUUGCUCAGUACUUGAUAGAAAAUAAUAAAUCACUAUUUUUAUAUGAUAAUCAAUUUAAUGAGAAAUACAACAAGUUACUCGAGAUCAUCAAAAAAUCAAAGGAUAUAAUUUCAAGCACAGAGAAUACUUCUGUUGAGUCAAACUAUUCUUCAAUUUUUACCUUUAUUAAAAAUAAUUAUAUUGAAAGGGGUAGUAAAGAAAAAUCGAGAGAAAGAUUAUCAAAAUUAAUUUUAGAAAACUUAGUAGAAGUUAAAAAAUCAGUAUUAUUAGAAGUUAUAGGUAAUUCUUUAAGAUAUAAAAAUACUUUAAAAUUAAACUCUGAAGAAAUAUGUGAAAGCUUUGGUUCAGAAUUUAAUGAAAAUAGUUUUAUAUGUGAUCAAAGACAAUUGCAAUUGAAUGGAUCAAAAGAAUUAAAGUUUUUUAUGAAGUCUCCUAUUAUAAUAGAUUCUGAAAAAUUUGGAUAUAUAUGUUGUAUUAAUUUCUCUCCUUCUGGAGAACAGAUAUUUGCAACUUCAAAAGGAUAUAUUUUUAUUGGAAAUACUAAUUUCUGUAAUGGCACAGAUCAGAAUGUUGAAUUAAAACGAAUAUAUUCCCAUUGUGAAGAAGAAGUUAAAAUUUUAGGUUUAUGCGUAGCUAGUAUUAACAAUGGAAUUAGUUGUGGAAAUGAAAUUGAAAGUCUAGAAAACUCUGAGCAUAUUUUAAUUGCAAGUACAAGUGAAAGAGCUGAUAUAAAGAUUUGGGACUGUUCGAACUCUAAUUUUAUUUUUUUUGUUAAUGCGUAUGAAAAAUAUAUAACUGAUUUAACUUUUAAUAAGGAUGCCACAUGUAUACUUUCAUCCUCUAUUGAAGGAAUUGUAAAAAUCCAUGGAUUGAAGUCGGAAAGAACAAUUAAAUAUUUUCCAAAAAACAGCGAAUUCUCUAUAAAUAAAGUCUCUUAUAAUAAUUCAGAAACGAUGGUAAUAAGUGCACUAAGUAAUGGGAAUAUAGAUAUCUGGGAUAUUAAGUCUAGUAGUUGCAUAGCAACAUAUGAUAUAUGUUGCUCGCAAAUAUUUGAAUUAAAACCGAUAAAUAACAUAAAUUUUCUACUUUCAAUUCAAAAAAGUGAUAGUUUAAAAAAAAACAUUGAAAAAUUUGAUUUUUUUUUUGUUGGGUCAAGAUCAGGAAUGUAUCUUGUUGAUAUUUAUAAUGGAGAAGUGGUAAAUCUACCAAUUGAAGAAAAUUUAAUGGAAAAUCUGUUCUCUGCUACAUUUAACUCAAAGUUAAACAUUAUCAUUUGCUUGCUAAAGAAUUCUAAAAUCUUGUUAUAUGAUAUUAAAGAUCGAAAAAUGAAUUACAAAGAGAUAGAGUAUGAAGAUUCAUACCAAUAUGAGCAAAUAUUUACGGGCAAAUUCAACGGAAACAUUGCAGUUAGUGGAAAAAAUAAAUUUUUCGUAUUAAGUGAAUAUUAUCAAAUAUCCAACCAUGUUGAUACAGAUUCAAAUAUUGAAUUAAUUUCAUCCGAUUCCAAAUUAUAG